ACCGCCGCGGAGGGCGCGGGGGCGGCGGCGGCAGCAGUGUGGUGGGCGGCCGCAGGACCGCGACGCGGGCUUGGCGCUCCGGGGGCUGCGACCUCUGUCGCUGGGGGAAGAUGAACACGGCCGACAAGGCCCGGGUGGGGCCCGCGGCCGACAGGCCUGCGCCGCCAGGGGAGGAGGAGGGGGGUGAGGGGGGCGGGGAGGCGGGCGGGAAGGAGCCGGCGGCGGACGCGGCCCCGGGGCCCAGCGCCGCGUUCCGCCUCAUGGUGAGUCGGAGGGAGCCGGCCGUGAAGCUGCAGUAUGCGGUGAGCGGCCUGGAGCCGCUGGCCUGGUCCGAGGACCACCGCGUGUCGGUGUCCACGGCCCGCAGCAUCGCUGUGCUGGAACUCAUCUGCGACGUGCACAACCCGGGCCAGGACCUGGUUAUCCACCGCACCUCGGUGCCCGCCCCUCUCAACAGCUGUCUCCUCAAAGUUGGCUCAAAAACAGAAGUUGCUGAGUGCAAGGAGAAAUUUGCCACCUCUAAAGACCCCACAGUCAGUCAGACUUUCAUGUUGGAUAGGGUGUUCAACCCUGAGGGGAAGGCUUUGCCACCAUUGAGAGGAUUCAAAUACACUAGCUGGUCCCCCAUGGGCUGUGAUGCUAAUGGCCGGUGCCUCUUGGCAGCACUGACCAUGGACAAUCGCCUGACCAUCCAGGCUAACCUCAACAGACUGCAGUGGGUCCAGCUGGUCGAUCUGACUGAGAUUUACGGAGAACGUCUUUAUGAGACCAGUUACAGGCUGUCUAAAAAUGAGGCCCCGGAAGGAAAUCUCGGAGACUUUGCUGAGUUUCAGAGGAGACACAGCAUGCAGACCCCCGUCAGAAUGGAGUGGUCAGGCAUCUGUACCACUCAGCAGGUGAAGCAUAACAAUGAAUGCCGGGAUGUCGGCAGCGUGCUUUUGGCUGUCCUCUUUGAAAAUGGUAACAUUGCUGUGUGGCAGUUUCAGCUACCAUUUGUAGGAAAGGAAUCCAUCUCUUCAUGCAACACGAUUGAGUCAGGAAUCAAUUCUCCUAGUGUUUUGUUUUGGUGGGAAUAUGAGCACAAUAAUCGGAAAAUGAGUGGCCUUAUUGUGGGGAGUGCUUUUGGACCUGUAAAAAUUCUUCCUGUCAAUCUCAAAGCAGUCAAAGGCUAUUUCACUUUAAGGCAGCCUGUUGUCUUGUGGAAAGAAAUGGACCAGUUGCCUGUGCACAGCAUCAAAUGUGUGCCACUUUAUCAUCCUUACCAGAAGUGUAGUUGUAGCUUAGUGGUGGCUGCAAGAGGAUCCUAUGUGUUUUGGUGUCUUCUACUGAUCUCCAAAGCCGGUCUGAAUGUUCACAAUUCCCACGUCACAGGCCUUCACUCACUGCCGAUUGUCUCCAUGACUGCAGACAAACAGAAUGGAACAGUAUAUACUUGUUCCAGUGAUGGGAAAGUGAGGCAGUUGAUUCCCAUUUUCACAGAUGUUGCAUUAAAGUUUGAACACCAAUUGAUUAAACUCUCAGAUGUGUUUGGCUCGGUGAGGACUCAUGGAAUAGCAGUGAGCCCCUGUGGUGCGUAUCUGGCCAUCAUUACAACUGAGGGCAUGAUAAAUGGCCUCCAUCCUGUUAACAAAAACUACCAGGUCCAAUUUGUUACUCUUAAAACCUUUGAAGAAGCAGCCGCUCAGCUCCUGGAAUCUUCAGUUCAAAAUCUCUUUAAGCAGGUAGAUUUAAUAGACCUAGUACGCUGGAAGAUUUUAAAAGAUAAACAUAUCCCUCAAUUUUUACAAGAAGCUUUGGAAAAAAAGAUUGAAAGCAGUGGGGUCACCUAUUUUUGGCGUUUUAAGCUUUUCCUCCUGAGGAUUUUGUAUCAGUCAAUGCAGAAAACCCCUUCAGAAGUCUUAUGGAAACCUGCCCAUGAGGAUUCAAAAAUCUUACUAGUUGACUCACCUGGGAUGGGCAAUGUCGAGGAUGAACAUCAAGAGGAAGGCACUUCUUCCAAACAAGCGCCUAGGCACGGCCCACAGGAGAGGAGCAAAGAGGGUGAUGCAGAGGAGCCUAUGGAUGACUCGCUCGCCCAGACUGCCGAUGUCGGAGGCCGGGAGCCAAUGGAGGAGAAGCUCCUCGAAAUCCAAGGGAAGAUUGAAGCUGUGGAGAUGCACUUGACCAGGGAACACAUGAAGCGAGUGUUAGGAGAAGUGUACCUGCACACCUGGAUCACAGAAAACACUAGCAUCCCAACCAGAGGACUGUGUAACUUUUUAAUGUCUGAUGAAGAGUAUGAUGACAGAACAGCACGGGUGCUGAUUGGACAUAUCUCAAAGAAGAUGAACAAACAAACUUUCCCUGAGCACUGUAGUUUGUGUAAAGAGAUCUUGCCAUUCACAGAUCGCAAACAGGCAGUCUGUUCCAAUGGCCACAUUUGGCUCCGGUGCUUUUUAACCUACCAGUCCUGCCAGAGUUUGAUAUACAGAAGGUGUUUGCUCCAUGACAGCAUUGCCCGACAUCCGGCUCCAGAAGAUCCUGACUGGAUUAAGAGGUUACUGCAAAGCCCCUGCCCUUUCUGUGAUUCUCCUGUCUUCUAAAUGUCAGUGGUGGGAAGAUGAAAGGUCAUGAACUCUGCUCUAGAAAACAUCUCCUAGCCUGAGAGGAUGCACUGGAGGAGUCUGGCCCUUUCAAGUGGAGAGGUGCUCUUCUCGAUUAUAAAGAGGGUCCUGGGAGCUCAUUUCUGAAGGGCAUUCACCAUCUCCAGGGACUAAAGGAUAUCUCUUUAAGUGACCGAAUGCAGGAAGUUUGAGUUGUUUUGAGAUGAACAUUAGUCCCUGAUUCCUCACCCAAUAAAGGAACACUUAUUUUUCAAAUGUCUAGACUGAAGCAGUCUGAACAAAAAGAAUGUCCUAUCAUUUCUAGGAACAGAAUGGUCUCUUCUUGAGUUUGGAUAAGGGCCUUGCUGGGCUGAGUUAGGUUUUAAUCCUUGCUUUGGCCUAGAACUGCCUUGUGACUCCAGAGAGCUUAAAUUGCCUGGUAUGUGGCAUUCGAUGUUCCAACAGAUAUUAAAAGUGUCAAAAACAACGAGUGAGCUGAUGUUUUGUUCUCAGUAAAUAGCUGCAGAUCUCUGUCCUGCCGAGUCUUGUUUUUCAUGUAUAUUGAGAACAUUUUCCUAAAACUUUUUAAGAAGUUGAAGCCAAAACUAAAGUUGGUUUUAAUGCGUCAAAUGAUCAGGUAACUAUUAUAAGUUAAUAACUGUGACUCAUUUUUCUCUCCUAUGUCAUCAGAUUUUCUGACCCAACUCCUUAAUACAUAUAAAGAUGUCAAUCAAGUAUUCCAGUUCACCUGUGUCACAGCCCUGCUUCAAACUUAACUGUAAUAACCUAGAUGAGGUCUUUGUACACAGAAGAAAAAAAUAUUUUCUUCUUUUAUUGUUAAAUUAAAACUUAGUAUUUUUAAUAUUGACAUUUAGACAUUCCAUUUAGUAUCCAGGGUAGAAGUCUGUCUGGAGAGAGAUGGGCCGCUCGGAAGUGGAGAUCCUUGAGCUCUGGUGCUACAAGCAUGUGCAGUUUAGUUGAACAGAGCUGGGAAUUUACUCUGUCUACAAAAGUCUUUGAUAUUUGGAAUACAGGUAUUUUUCUGGGGCUGUUAAGAGGAAAUGUCAAAUGUCAAAUUUUGUCAAUUUGAUUAAUUGCUGUUAAUCAAAACCUAAAAUAGGCAUUCUGGAAUUGCAGUGUUCUUGGAUUUUUAAAAUAAGUGUCCUAGGGGAUUGGUGCUAAUCAACAUGACUGUAAUGCACACAUCUUGCAAUAGUGCAUGUUUCUGGAAAGUUGGAUAGGAAAUACAAAAU